AUGGCUUCCCUGUUAUCUCUCGGCCUCAACCUGCGUCUUGCCGACAUUGAUGAGGACCUGAAAUCGCACUCAGGUGCUCUAUCAUGGCCUAUUAACGGGAUCGGAGGGAGUGCCCCUCGACGGACCCACGACUUCAUUGAUGACGUCCCCUGUUUCGCUUAUAAUGAAGUCUUCGAAAGCGGCGAAAUCUUUCAAGCCGUCUCACCCGGCUCAGGCAUCUACCUGCCUCUCCACUCCUCCCCUUGCCCUCAACCGGCCUUCACUCUCUCCAAGUCUCGGCCGGCCAAGACCAUAGAGCUGGAUGUUCACAGCCUAUCCCUCUUGCAGUCGCUCGCCAUCGCCAUCCCCUCCCCUUUCGACUUUGCUUCUCUCUUGGCAAACUACAACACCCUCAAGUCUCAUUUAGAACAUCUUGAGACCAUCUCGCCAACCCACCCCACCACUGUCGAACUACGCCUUCUCAUCCGGGAUCUCCUCUUAGACAGAGCCCUCUAUGCCGGUGUUGGCGUUCAACUCCACCCGUCACAAGGGCUGUUAUCCAUCAACCAGCUUCAUGAUAUGCACCAGAGGAGCGUCGACGCAGGCCUGGAUGACCUAGACUCCUGCUUUUCUCUCGGGCUCAUACCUGACAUAGUCACCGACCACUACCUCGAAGGCCUGUGUGCUCGAUUUACCGAAACCGCCCUUGCUGGUGAUCUCGCAUCAUUGCAUGAGCUGUGUGAGCCAUUCGUGCGCUCCGGCGAGAUUGAAUGGCAGACAAGUCCGGAUCUGCUUCUGAAGCUACUGGACUGUGGCCGUCUAGACAUUUACCGCUACGUCCUUGAUCUCGCCUCACGGACCAAAGACAAACAUGACACCCAACAAGGGCCAUGUCUGUCGGAUAUAACCCACGAUGCCCUGCAUGUGGCAAUUCGGCUCGGUCAUUCAGAGCACGUCCGAGGACUUCUCCAACAAGGGGCCACUUUCUUGGGUGUCUACCAGGGCGAGGAGGCCGGCAGCGGUGUUGUUCUCACUCCCCUUUCGGCUGCUGCCUUCUGGGGCCAGGCCGACAUGGUGCGCUUGAUUCUAAGCCACAACAUCAUGGCUGAUGGUGCCCAAGAGGCUGCUGCGAUUGCGCUUUUCAACGACGACACGGAGAUCAUGCAGAUUCUCUUGUCAUCCGGUGUCACCAACCCACCAGCAGAACUCCUACCGGAGGACACUGUCAACUCGUUCGCAGAGCUUAGUCUCAUGGAUCAUUAUGCUGGCUUCACGGUGAGCAAGCCAGACGCCGUUGAGCCCAUUGUAGGGUUCGCUUCUGCGGACGAGGUUCUCUCGCCGUACCCGUUGGUCAACCAGAGCAUGUCGACAUCAACCGAGAGGCCCCUCCGGCGACCGAUAUCAAAUCUACCAAACGUACCCGUGCAGCUCAAAGGCUCGCGGCGUCAGAGACACUUGCUUGGUCGCGAUCUUGUCACGAACAUGCACGAAUUGUGCUCUAAGCUGCGAGACGUAUGCAGCCGCUCGACUUACGACGAGUUGCAAGACAUGGAAGACGAAUACAUGGAUGGCGACGGCGUUUGGUAUCGUGGCAUCGAUGUCUUCCGCGGCCUAAUGCAAGACAGCCCGCCAUCGGCUUUGGGCGAAGUUGUCGACUCUCUAUUGGUGGGAAACGCCAUUUGCCUCACGUUUUUCAAGAACGACGGGGUCAUCUUCAACCAGUUCUGCAACGAUCUUAACAAGUGGCGCUCAGUUCUUCCCAUCUCGUCUGUCCUACCAUUUGAUGAGGUUGCACACGAAUUGUGGGAGUUCACUCCAGCAGACGAACCAUCAAGUGACCUUGAUCUCGGAAACCUACACCACUUUCAAGGACUCGUACAAGGCCUUCUCGCGCUUGAAAGACGAAGAGAAGCUGCCCCAUCGCGAAGCUCGGCUUCCGGAAGCAGACUUGCUGCCAUCCAGAGGGCUUUUGAGACGCAUGAAAGCCGGCAAGGGGUCGCCCAAGGUCAGGCCAUCCCAGGUCGGUCUCCACCGCGGUCUGUAGCUCAUUCGACCUCAUCGACGCAACAAGACGAUUUCACGUGGGCAGACUUCCUCCAUAUGGACCGCUUUGAGGAGAUGGCGAGAGGGGGUUCGAGAACGCCGCCUGCACUCCCGAACAGCUGGGAAGAUGCGCUCUCCUCGACCAUGAUGUUGUUGGCCUCGGUCGCAUUCUCUGUUGUUCUCUCUUUGGUGAUCGGUCUUCACGGCUCGACAACCCGCAUUCUCCAAACCAUCUCCGGGACCCUUCCCGGAUACGCCCGUUCAUAUACCCUGCUGGCAGAGUACCUCGCGAUGCACAAUGUCCUGGUCACACCCAAGCCAGACCCUUUCCAAUCAGCCACUCCAUCCAUCGUUCCACAAUCACCUGCAUACGGGUCAGAAGCCGGCAUCACCCCGAACAGCAGUUUCUCUUCCUUGAACACGCUAGGCACGCGCCGCAACGUCUCGUCAUCCAGCAUCAGUAGCAUCGCCUCAACAGCCUCCAGGCAGUCGUCGCGCGACCACAUGAUACGCGGCACCAGGCUGCCGUGCCCGACGCCGCAGUGCACCAAGACGUUUUCCAGCGUCAGCAACCGCAACAAGCACAUCCGCGAGGGGUGUGCGUUCACGCGCGAGAAGAGACAGCCUUACCAGUGCAGGAACUUUCCUUGCACGAAACAGUUAACCACAAAAUGGUACAGAGAUACUCAUGAGAGAGAGCGGUGCCGGUUUAGGCAAGCGGAGUAA